AUGUGUGGUAUCUUCGCGUGUCACCAUCAUCCCGAUGUGCAAAAAUUUAAGCCUACGGCCUUGCGCAUGGCCAAGGCUGUGCGCCAUCGUGGACCCGAUUGGAGCGGAAACUUCAUCUCGGAGAGCACUAUCCUCGCGCACGAGCGUCUGUGUAUCGUCGGUGUCGACUCUGGAGCUCAGCCACUCGUUAACGACGACGGCUCCCUCGCUCUCGCCGUCAACGGUGAGAUCUACAACCACCGCAUCCUGAGGAAACACCUCAAGACCCAGUACAACUUCAAGACACAUUCGGAUUGUGAAGUGGUCAUCCCUCUGUAUAUGGAACAUGGCCUCGACGCUCCCAAGUACUUGGAUGGCAUGUUCUCCUGGGUCCUCUAUGACAAGAAGCAGGACCGGGUUGUCGCCGCGCGUGACCCGAUCGGUAUCACCAGCUUCUAUAUUGGCUGGUCCUCCGAGACCCCUGGUGCCGUUUACUUCGCCUCGGAGUUGAAGUCCUUGCACCCCGUUUGCGAUAAGAUUGAGGGUUUCCCUCCCGGCCACAUCUACGACUCCAAGACCGGUUCCAUGACGCGAUACUUUGAGCCUAAGUGGUGGGACCCCACUAACGUCCCCUCCGCCCCGGUCGACUAUAUGGCCAUCCGCCAUUCAUUAGAGAAGGCGGUCCGGAAGCGUCUGAUGACGGAGGUUCCUUACGGUGUGCUGCUGUCUGGUGGCCUGGAUUCUAGCUUGGUUGCAUCCAUCGCCCAGCGGGAGAACCUGCGCGUGCAGGAGGCCGCUCAGAAGGCGCUCCAGAACCAGACCGGUACUUCCGAUCUGGUCGGUAUCGACGAUACCAACGAGCUGUCCAACGUCACUACCUUCCAGCACUUGCACUCUUUCUCCAUCGGUCUUCCGGGAGCUCCCGACACCGAAGCUGCCCUCGAAGUCGCCAAGUUCCUUGGAACGAAGCACCACGCGUUCACCUUCACCGUUGAAGACGGUCUCAAUGCCCUUUCCGACGUCAUCUAUCAUCUUGAGACCUAUGACGUGACCACAAUCCGUGCGUCCACCCCCAUGUAUCUGCUGAGCCGCAAGAUCAAGGCCAUGGGCGUCAAGAUGGUUCUGAGUGGUGAGGGUAGCGACGAGAUCUUUGGUGGCUAUCUUUAUUUCCACGCUGCCCCCAACAAGGAGGAGUUCCAUAAGGAAACCAACCGGAGGAUCAAGAACCUGCACUUGGCCGACUGUCUUCGAGCGAACAAGUCCACCUCGGCUUGGGGCCUGGAAGCUCGUGUGCCCUUCCUGGAUAAGGAAUUCCUUGAGGUGUCCAUGGGCACUGACCCCCAGGACAAGAUGAUCACAAAGGAGCGCAUCGAGAAGUACAUCUUGCGUAAGGCAUUUGACACCACCGAUGAGCCGGACAACAAGCCCUAUCUGCCAGAGAAGAUCCUCUGGCGUCAGAAGGAGCAGUUUAGCGACGGUGUUGGCUACAGCUGGAUCGACGGCCUCAAGGACCAGGCUGAGUUGCACGUUACGGACGAGAUGAUGAAGAGCCCCAAGCCCGAGUGGGGUAACGACAUCCCUGACACCAAGGAGGCGUAUUGGUACCGUAUGAUGUAUGAUGAACACUUCCCGGCGUACUGCGCAUCCACCGUUGAGCGUUGGAUACCUAAGUGGUCGAAACAGACGGACCCCAGUGGCAGAGCUAUUUCCACUCACAACGCUAAAUACGACGAUGCCGAGUAG